AUGCUCCGUCAGACAUCGCGCGCCCUCAAGGGCCUCGCCGAAGCUCGGCCCGGGCAACAACGAGCCCUCACCACGGCCCAACGAGCCACAGCCGUAGCAACACGGCGCAACAGCCCCGCCAAUGUGAGGAAUCAAUCGACGACGGCGGCCACAAAACCAACUGCGACCGAAGCACGGCCGAAACCUAGCCCGUCAUUCAAUGCCGCAACCAAAGAUCGAAGCCAUGUCCAGCCCCUCGUUAACCCGAAGAAGAGCGACGUGGACGAGUCGUAUGCCUACCGCAAUGCCCCUCCUGUUCGCAGGGUCACAUUCGGCUACCCGGGCGGCGCCAUUCUUCCCGUGUUCGAUGCGAUCUACAACUCCCCCCAUUUUGGUUUCGUGCUUCCAAGGCACGAGCAGGGCGCUGGCCACAUGGCCGAGGGCUAUGCGCGUGCUUCAGGAAAGCCUGGUGUUGUGUUGGUGACAUCUGGGCCUGGCGCAACCAACGUCGUCACCCCGAUGGCUGAUGCGCUUGCGGAUGGCACGCCAAUGGUCGUGUUUACCGGCCAGGUCGUCACGGCCGCUAUCGGAAGUGAUGCUUUCCAAGAAGCCGACGUGAUUGGCAUCUCACGGGCGUGCACCAAGUGGAACGUCAUGGUCAAGAGCGUCGCCGAACUCCCCCGGAGGAUCAACGAGGCUUUCGAGAUUGCUACCAGCGGCAGGCCGGGCCCUGUUCUUGUCGACCUUCCCAAGGAUAUCACGGCCGGCGUCCUGAGGCGAGCCAUUCCCACCGAAUCUGCUAUCCCAACGAUUCCUAGCGCCGCGUCUCGUGCUGCCCUCGAAAUCAACAAGAAGCAGCAGGAUGCUUCGAUCCGCCGCGUCGCCGAUCUCAUCAACAUCGCUAAGAAGCCCGUCAUCUAUGCUGGCCAUGGUGUUAUCUGCUCCAAGAACGGCCCGGCACUGCUCAGGACGUUGGCGGACAAGGCAUCUCUUCCCGUCACGACUACUCUCCAAGGUCUCGGCGCCUUUGACGAGUUGGACGAGAAGUCGCUGCACAUGCUUGGCAUGCACGGCUCUGCGUAUGCCAACAUGGCGAUGCAAGAAGCUGACUUGAUCAUCGCCCUCGGCGCCCGCUUUGACGACCGCGUGACCCUGAGCGUUGCCAAGUUUGCCCCGGCUGCUAAGGCCGCUGCUGCCGAGGGACGUGGAGGUAUCAUCCACUUUGAGAUUCUGCCCAAGAAUAUCAACAAGGUUGUGCAAGCGACCGAGGCCAUCGAAGGCGACAUCAGCGCUAGUCUUGAGAUGCUUCUGCCACAUGUUGAGGCCAAGGCGAUGGCCGACAGGAAGGACUGGUUUGACAAGAUCAACGAGUGGAAGGCGAAGUGGCCUCUUUCCGACUACGAACGGGCGGAGCGCUCAGGCUUGAUCAAGCCGCAGACUCUUAUCGAGGAGCUGAGCAAGCUGACGGCCGACCGCAAAAACGACACAUACAUCUCUACUGGUGUUGGCCAGCAUCAGAUGUGGGUGGCUCAGCACUUCCGCUGGCGGCACCCUCGGUCCAUGAUCACCUCUGGUGGCUUGGGGACCAUGGGUUACGGCCUGCCGGCUGCCAUCGGCGCCAAGGUGGCGAAGCCUGAUUCGCUCGUCAUCGACAUUGACGGUGAUGCCUCGUUUGCCAUGACCCUGACCGAGCUCUCCACUGCUGCGCAGUUCAACAUUGGCGUCAAGGUCAUCAUCCUGAACAACGAGGAACAGGGCAUGGUCACGCAAUGGCAGAACCUGUUCUACGAAGACAGGUAUUCACACACCCACCAGAAGAACCCCGACUUCAUGAAGCUGGCCGACGCCAUGGGCGUGCAGCACAGGCGCCUCGUAAAGCCCGAAGAGACCGUGGAGGCUCUCAAGUGGCUGAUUGAGAGCGAUGGGCCGGCCGUGCUCGAGGUGGUGACGGACAAGAAGGUCCCUGUCCUUCCCAUGGUCCCCGCCGGGUCUGGUCUGCACGAGUUCAUCACCUGGGAUAGUGCCAAGGACAAGAUUAGGCGAGAGCGGAUGCGGGAACGCACCGGCGGCCUCCACUCUUAA